AUGGUAACUGAAUAUAUGAGAACAGCGUACAAGAACAGUAUGUUCCCCAUAUCAGCCAAUUCGCCUAUGAUAGCACGGAUGAAGAGAGCAACGUCAUGGUUGAUGAAGACAGUCGGCCGGGAAGUGAGAGAGGGAGAGAUGGUUUUAAUUGAAGAGGUGUUUGGUGAAGAAAGUAUGUUUGUGGACAGCGUGGGUAGGAACGUGAAAGGCUGCAAGGCUUUGGAUGAACUGAUACACUUCUCAUAUCACAAGUCGGACGAGAAGCUUGUCAUCUGUGGGCUGAAAGGGAUGGUAGGACCUGAUGGUGUGUUCCAUCUUGGAGAACCUACUGUUCAUUCUGUUUCUCGGACGUACGGAGAUAGCGACAAAGGUGAUGACGGGAUCAAGGUGGUUUUGAAAGAACACAGGUGUACGGACAGGUGUAGAAACUUGCGUCCGAUUCCCGUAGAUGGUGUGACACAGCGAUGUGUACCAUCAGCUCCACCUCUUCACGAAUCCUUCCCAAGUUCAGAAUCUUCAUCUCCCCUGUGA